UAGUUGGUACUACUCUAGUUGAGCGCAAAACUUGCAGACAGACACCAGAUAUGUAAACGUUCGGGUACAACAGUAUACCCAAAUAGCUGAGAAAAACGCAUCCAUGUGAAGCAUGCGUCUAGGCAUACGUCUUUGUACAUAACAACAGCUAAGCUGGUUAAUAAUUUAGUCCAAGUUUUUAAGAUUAACUAAUAAGUUAUGGUAUCUGUGAUGCAACCUUUUAUGGAUAUAGAAAGUUCAAGAAGUUACAUUGAUGAACUUUACUCUACCGAUCAGCAAAAAUGUCUUGAUGCUAUCAUAUGCUUGAAGAAUUCAGUAAUUGGCAGCAAUCGCCAAAAAGGAUCAGUGAUAGCGCAAGGUGUGGUUCCCAGGCUCUUACAACUUUUGUGUAAUACCGAUGAAGUGUGCAAUGAUAGAAUACGUUUAGAGUCAGCAGUCACCUUGGGAUCAUUAGCCAAAGGAACAGAUCAACAUGUUUUAGCUUUAAUUGAUUUAGGAGUUGUUAAUUCAUUACUUCAAGUUUUGUCUACCUCUGCAGCAGAAUCUUCAAAAAUCGAUAAUUAUAAAUUAUGCAAUUCACUCGUAGAAGCUUGUUUAAGAUGUUUGAGAACAAUUUUUCAACUUCCAUCGGCCCCUGUUUCAUUAGUAUUUCAAGAGCCCGAACUCGUAUCCCGUCUUCUACAGUUGUCAAAUAUUUCCAUCAAUUGUCAAGUUUACGUUGCAAUGAUAUUAACUACGGCUUGUAAGACGAACGACGAGCAAAACAUUCUGUUAAAAGCGGGCACGAUCAACACCCUUGCAGCACAAUUGAAUUGUCCACUAGCCGACGUUCAGCUACCAGCGUUAGCAUGUCUCGCAAACAUGUGCUAUCAGAAUCCAGCGGUCGCGUCUACGAUCGCAGCCACCAUGACUUCAGAUGAUCCGGAUGGAAAAUCCGUACCGACGAUUUUAGGUCAACUAAUGGGUAGGGAUAAGAAUACUCUGAUUCAGCUCGAAGCAGCUCGAUGUAUAUCGUAUAUGCACCGAGCCCAGGCGCUGACGGCGACCGAUUCCAGAGUCGUUUACAGGGCUCUUCCAUGUCUCAUACGACUUUGUCACAAAGACAGACCUGCCAGAGAAAGGGUUGCUGCCGCCGAAACUUUGGCCUAUUUAACAGAAGUCGACACCGAUUUGCAAAGGCUUGCCUCCAUCAGUAACCAUCUGAUACCGACGUUAGCUGAGUUCUUGAAGCCGAAUCCCCAGUUGCAAGAUGCAGCGUUGUCUCAAGACAUGCGUCAAGCAGCUUUUAGAGCGUUUGCAUCCUUGGGCGCUAAUGAUGAGGAUAUUCGAAAAAGAAUAAUAGAAACUGAAAAUUUAAUGGAGCAAGUGGUUUCCGGUCUUCAAGAUCCCGGAGGUGCCAAAGUCCGUCUAGCAGCCGUCCGGUGUCUUCAUUCGUUGUCGAGAAGUGUUCAACAGCUUCGAACCACGUUCCAGGAUCACGCCGUUUGGAGACCAUUGAUGCAGCUGCUCCACGGCGCGGAUAAAGGAUCUGAUGGAAAAAGUGAUGAGGAAGACGAUCUAUUAACCGUUGCAUCGGGCACUUUAUGUAACUUACUUUUAGAGUUCAGUCCUAGCAAGGAACCAAUUCUAGAGUCCGGAGGAGUCGAACUUCUCUGCUCUUUAACUAAAAGGUCAGACCCGGCGCUGAGACUGAAUGGAAUCUGGGCUCUGAUGAAUGUAGCUUUUCAAGCAGAGCAAAGAGUAAAAUCGCAGAUAUUAACGUGUUUAGGAACUGAUCAAAUUUUUCGUCUACUCGCUGAUCCGGAAUUGGCUGUCUUGAUGAAAACGUUAGGCUUAUUAAGAAAUCUCCUAUCAACCAAAACUCACAUAGAUCGAAUCAUGGCUGAUCAUGCGGCGCAUGUAAUGCAAGCUGUCAUUUUGGUUCUCGAAGAUCCAGUUCAUCCUGCCGAUGUAAAAGAGCAAGCGCUUUGUAUUCUGGCCAACGUCGCAGACGGAGACCGAGCGAGAGACCAUAUAAUGGCAAACGAAGAUGUUUUGAAGAAACUUAUGGAUUACAUGAUGCAUAGCAAUGUCAAACUACAAGUAGCAGCAAUAUUUUGCGUUUGCAAUCUCGUUUGGAGAGAGGAGGCUGGAGCGGCACAGCGUCAGGCUCGUUUGAAAGAAUUGGGUCUAUAUAGGAUUUUACUGCAAUUGCGACACACGAAGGACACACAGCUAUUUGAUAAGGUGAAAACGGCUUUAGCACAGUUUUUCGAUGCUUGAAGAUUCAACGAAGUGAGGGGCUCAACCGUGUUUACAGAAUAUUUAAUCAUUACUAGAACGUGUAUUAAAUUAUUAAAUAGUAUAAAUAAGGCCCAUAUUAUAAGACCGAUGCGUGUUAUUAUAUACGAUAUAAGUUCGAAGUCAGUGGAUCUUAUCAUGAAAUUGUUGCUAGUAAGUUUGUAAAUUUUAUUGUAAAAUAAAAGAAAAUCUAAAACCACUUAUCGCAUAAACUA